AGCGUUGCCGAGAGGCAAGGACUGCAGCAGCAAGUGUGGUUGAGGUACUCGUCACCAAAGACGCACCGGGUGGAGUGAUGCAUUCCGAGAGCAGAUAGCUUAUGUUAUCCGGCCUCCUCUGCACUGCCUCUGCAUCCCGUUCCUAUUGCUCCUCCCACUCUAACUCUUCCUCCUCCGCCUCCUCCUGCCGCCUACUGCCUCGCUAGACAGGACUAUAGAUUGACCGGGACUAGCAAGCGGCGGAUGAACAGGUUUGCUCCGGCUGCGGCGAUGCUAAGACCGCAUCUUCUCCUCCCGACGCCUGGAUUUUAAUCGAGCGGAGAAGACAACAACCCGCUUGCCAGAUACAUCAGAUGACCGUGUCCCCGCUUACCGGCGUUGUCAUUGGCUCGUUUUGAUCUUUGCUGGCUGUUUUGGCCUUUCCUGGCCAGCAGGCACUGCAGCAUCAGGACCGCAUGAAGUAGUAGGGCAUGAGGACCCAGAGGCGAUCCGAGCAGGCUUGAGUGCUUCCUUUGCUACCACUGCUGAGGUGCUUAUCUUCAUUUUUUUCUCCUCCAGAAUAGGGUGUCUGGCGGUGGGGGGUGGCGGGGAGCGCGAGCACGGGUAUCCGGGCCCCUGCAGAGCAGAGCAGGGUGGUCUGGUGUGCGGAAGAAGGAAGCAGGACGUCCUGUGGGAAAGGAGCAGCUCCAGCCUUGGACUCCUGAUGGUGGCUAUUUUUGUCUCCCCUAGCUGAGUGACUGGGACAGCAGGUGCAAGAGAAGAUGCUUAUGGCCCGGGACACGGCACGAGAUGAGGCUCAAAAGCUGCACAGGAAGUGGCUGAAGCACCAGGCCUUCAUGGCAGAACUGGCCCGCAACAAGGAAUGGCUGGCCAAGAUAGAACAGGAGGGUCAGGACCUGAUCCAGGAAAAGCCUGAACUGCGCACCGUAGUUCAGCAGAAGUUGGAGGAGAUCAGAGAGUGCUGGUCGGACUUGGAAACCACCACCAAGGCCAAGGCUCGCCAGCUCUUUGAGAACAACAAGCCGGAGCCAGCAGUGAAGAACUACUCGGACCUCGACAACCAGCUCUCCCACCUGGAGCAGCAGCCCCCACAACUGGAACAAGCUCACCAUCUGCCCACCUUCAAUGAGCAGCUCCAGAAGUUCCAGGCCAUGGAGUCUCAGUUUAGGGACCUUUACAAGGAUGUGGAGGAACUGGGUAGCUUGCCGGGGGUUUGCCUUCCCCAGCAGCGAGGUGUAAUGGCGGGCGACAAGGAGGGUGGUGAGCAGUCAGGCAUGGUGGAGACCCGCAUUGUGCGCCUGAUUGAACCGCUGAAGGAGAGACGCCGCAUCUUGCUGGCCUCCAAAGAGAUGCACCAAGUCGCCCAGGACCUUGAGGAUGAGAUGCUGUGGAUUCAAGAAAGGCUUCCCCUGGCAUCCUGCAAAGAAUACGGAAACAACCUCCAGAGUGUACAUCAGCAUGUAAAAAAGAACCAGACUCUUCAGAGGGAGUUGGCAGGUCGGCGAGCUCGUGUUGAGGAGGUUCUGGACAGAGCAGGAAUCAUCGCAUCAUUGCGCACUCCUGAGGUGGAGUUUGUGCGCGAAGGAGCUGGCCAUGUGCGGCAGCUGUGGGAGGUGUUUCAGAUGGAACUGGAAAGGCGGUCUGUGAUCCUGGAUGCAGCGCUGCAGGCUCAACAGUACUACAGCGAGGCAGUCAAAGUGGAGUCCUGGCUUGCGGGUCAGAAGCUCCAGCAGGUCAAUGAAGAAAAAGGCACGGAUGAGGCGAGCACCCUGCAGCUGUUGAAAACCCACUUGGCUCUGGAGCAAACUGUGGAAACAUAUGCAGAGACUGUGGGCAUGCUAUCCCAGCAAUGCCAGCACCUGCUGGAGCUCGGGCACCCAGAAAGUGAGCAGAUCACCAAGCAGCAGUCCCACAUAGACCGGCUGUAUGUGUCCCUGAAGGACAUGGUGGAGCACAGAAAGACCAAGCUGGAGCAGCAGUAUUGGCUUUAUCAGCUCAACAAGGAGGUGGAGGAAUUGGAGAAAUGGAUCACUGAAUGUGAGGCGGUGGCAAGUUCUACUGAUCUCGGCCAUGACCUGGAGGAUGUUACGAUUCUCCAGGAGAAAUUCACCAAAUUUGCCUCACAAACAAACAAUAUUGGUCAGCAACGGAUGGAGCAGGUUAACAAAAUGGUGAAUGAAAUGAUCGACUGCGGUCAUUCGGAUGCAGCCACCAUCGCCGAGUGGAAGGACGGACUGAACGAGUCCUGGGCAGACCUCCUGGAGCUGAUGGAGACCCGCAGACAGAUGCUGAUAGCUUCCAAACAAUUACACAAGUUCUUCACUGACUGCAAAGAGGUUUUGGCUCAGAUCGCAGGGAAGGUAAAGCAGCUGCCAGAGGUGAGGGCGUGCCAAGCCAACAUCUCCAAUCCAGCCACCCUGCAGAGACUAAUGCACUCUUAUGAGCAUGCCCUUCAACUCUUAGUUACACAGGUUCGACAGCUACAGGAGAAUGCUGCGCAGCUGCGUACUAUUUAUGCUGGUGAGAAAGCCGAAGCAAUUAUGCUGAAAGAACACGAAGUGAUGGAAGCCUGGAAGGAACUGCUGAGUUCCUGUGAGGCCAGUCGUGUCCAGGUCACCUCAGUCACAGACAAAGUGCAGUUCUUCUCAGUGGUGCGUGAAAACCUCAUGUGGAUGGAAGGCAUUAUGGGCCAGAUCAGAUGGGACGAGCCCAGAGAUCUGACUGCUCUGGAGGUCAUGAAUAAGCAACACCACGAGCUGAAAGUCAAAAUAGAUGGCCGCAGCAAGACCAUUCAGCAGUGUGCAGAUCUCGGCAAAAUCCUAAUAGCUGCUGGGAACCCUGCAACAGAGGAGAUUAGCGAUAAAUUGGACAGUCUUUUGGCCAAACAAAAGGACCUGGUUGAAAAAUGGGACAAACACCAGGAGAAGUUACAACGCAGACGGGAGAGGUUCCAGUUUGCCCAGGAGACCGUGAAGGCAGAAGCCUGGCUGAAAGGCAAGGAGCCUCUGAUCACCUCCAAGCAGCCAGAGGGAGGAGAAGCCCAGGCCAAAACCGAUGAGGUUGAGCAGCUCAUCCUUCGCCAUGAAGCCUUCCGCAAGGCUGCUGUAACCUGGAAAGAACGCUUCAGCUCUCUCCGUCAGCUUUCUGCAGCUGAGAAGAAAAAAGAGGAAGACAAAAAGACCCCGCUCUCCAGUCGAAGGAUGUUCCCAAUAUCAUGUCUGACUCCAUCCAGUCCUUCAACAAGUUUAAUGUUCAUGAGGCAGACGGUACAGGCCCAAAUAGAGUCCACACCCUUGCAGACCAGUGUGGAACUGGGUGCCACCAAUGUGACCCAGAGAGUGUCCUCAACGCUUUCCAGCUACAACCCGAUCAUAAAUGGAUCAGGCCAUCACAGCCUGGAGCGACAGUGUAGUGGAAAGUUAGCAAGCUCCUCAUAUUUUGGGAUGAACCACCAGGCCAUUGGGGGUGGAAGUGACUCUGCUUUUUCAGCGUUGCCGUGCCAUGGUGGAGGCUCGGACACAUCAAAUUACCUUGGGAUAAACAAUCAAAUAACUGACAGUGCUGAGAGCUCUGGGUACUUUGGACUGUCUGCUGGCUGUGUGGGUGGUUCUGGCUACUCAAUGCAAAGCCAUCCAGGGACUAGCAGGUUAGGAAGUUCAGGUAAUCUGACUCAGGAGCAAGGUAGUGGAGGGAUGGGAACUCCUGGGUUUCUUCCUCAGCAGAAUGUGGGAAGUUCUGCCUAUUUGAUGCAGCAAAAUGUGGGAAGUUCAGCUUACUUGACACAUCCACAAAAUAUGGGAAGUUCGGGCUUUUUAACACAACCACAAAACAUAGGGAGUUCUGGAUACUUGGGACAGCAGCCCAAUUUAGGGAGUUCAGGAUAUCUUGCCUCACAGCCUAAUUUAGGGAGUUCUGGAUUCUUAGCGCAGAAUUAUCAAAGCACUGGAGGAAUGGGUAGCUCAGGCUAUCUUGCACAAAACCAUUAUAGCAGUGGAAGUCUAGGCAGUUCUGGUUUCCUAGCACCAAGUGGUGGCAUCAUGGACCCAAAAAUGGCCUAUGCAUGGCAACACUUGAAAGCUGACUUCAUGCAACCCAGGAUCAAUCACAUCCACAAGGCUGUAAAUCCACUCUUAGAAGCCAGUCGAGUACAGCGGGAGCAGUAUGGCGAUAUCCCGAAGGCAGACAUGAUGGGGCCGGAGUCGGGACUGGAGCUCCUCCACAGCCGUCUCCAGAGGGAUCCCCGUGGCAGCCGCUCGGACCCUCAGAUGGACCACCUGCGACGAGAGAGGGAGUACAAAUUGGGUCGACAGACCUCCAGUGAACAGGAGAUCCAAGCCAGGCUAAACGAGCUACCGCUGAUUGUGCGUCAGGAACGCUACCGAAGACGCCUGGAGAGACAGUCAUCCAGUGAGCAAGAGGGGAAUGGCAAGCAGAGACUUCAACGACAGGACUCGAGUGACCUGGAGGGCUCUGUUAAAGAGGGCUCAGACAAACGAUCAGGGGAUAAGAGAUCUACUAUGGCGGAGAUCGUGGAACAAGCCCAGGAGAGAGAAGCAGCACAUGCCAGAGGAGAGCCCUAUCGGCCCCCAAGCAGCCUCUCUGCACCGGUGACUCGUUUUGAUGGACGCCCUCGUGCCCGAGACCGACCCAAACCACGCAGGAGGCCCCGUCCGAAGGAGCCCGAGGAAAAUCGUCGCUCUCGCUCAGCUCCUGCUACCGGUGCCCCAACGACACCUCAGCCACCUUCACACACUGCACACAACGAAGGCUUCCUGUACCGCAAAAAGGCUACAAACUCUGAUCUUGAAGCUCCACAGAGGAGCCCCACCAGCAAAUCCUGGGUGAAUGUCUAUUGUGUGCUGAAAGAGGGCAAGCUGACCUUCUAUAAGGACGCCAGAAACCACAACACAACAUACAACGGAGAACCUUCUGUUGACCUUUCCGAAUGUUCAUUUGAUGCGUCUUUGGGGUACAAGAAGAAGAAGAACGUCUUCGUUCUUCAAGUCAACGAUGGAAAUAACUUUGUAUUUCAUGCAAAAGACGAGGAGGAUCUGAAGGCUUGGACUUCCAGCAUCACUACCUGCAUAGCUGAGCACGAGGCCAUGGUCGUGUGGGAUAAGCCCGUCACCUCCGCCAUGGACGGCGACUGCUCGGAGAGGAAAGAAAAGUCCGAGGGGGACGCGGACGCCAGGUCGGAAAGAUCGGAGAUGGUCGGCGAAGAGAGGUCUGAAAAGGAGAGGUCAGAGAAAGGGGAUGGCUCCGACAAGUUAGACACGUCAGAAAUCGCUGACAAGUUGGAGGGCGGGGCGGGUGGCUCCAGCACAUCUGGGAGGAGCAAAUGAAGAUUUUGGGGUUGAGUUUUACUGACAAUUGCUGUACGUGGUUGUAUGAAUGAGGAGCAUGUUUGCAGAGCCUCAGUCCAAGAGUUGAGGCACACCGAGGCAACAGUCCACGGACGAGACUAUUCGAACUGUGACUAACUCGUCUCUCCUCUCCUUCACCUGUGGCAGCGCAGCAGUGCUUGCAUUGCGCCACCUGCUGGUAAGUGGAGGCAACGAUGGAGGCUGUGGUCUCUAUUCUCUUGGAUCCAUCUUUCCGUAUGUUAAAAUGACUGAUGCCAUGUCUGUCUGUCUAAGGAAGUUCACAAUAAUGACUGAAAAAAAAAAAAAAAAUCUUUUGAAGCAAUAUACUUUUUUAUGUUCUUCUCUCUAAUAGUGAGAGAUGAAAGCAAACGAAACACAAAGUAGUUGCAAAUGUGAACCUGAA